AUGCGAUCCAGCAUUCCAAUGACACCACGUGCGGUUUCAGGCGUAGAUUUUGCUCGCCAGCUAGCGGAACACAGACGCGACUCUCAGGACCAGCCGCCGUCAAAGAAAUUCAAAUCAUCUACUGGCCCAAAAGGGUUCAAAUACGCACCGGGAUAUGAAGACAGGGCAUCACUACGACGGAGAAAUGAUGGCAAGGAGACAGAUGACCGGGAGGAGCGAGUUCGUGGGCUAGAAGAGAUGUUGAAGCUUGGGCAGAUUGACCAGUCUACGUUUGACAAACUAGGAGCCGAGAUUGGGGCGGGCGGUGAUAUCUCUAGUACUCACUUAAUCAAGGGACUUGACUGGCAGUUAUUGAAGAGGGUUAAAGCAGGUGAAGACAUCACUGCCAAGAGCCAGGAUCCAACACUUGAGACACCGAACGAUGACGACGAGUUCGAACGCAUCCUGGAGGAGAAGGAGAAGGACAAAGUCGAGAGCGUCGAGAUAAGGGGCAAAGAGAAGAAGAAAGGCAAUCUGGCGCCUUUAGCACAAGUGGGAAGCAAGAAGAUGACACGCGAUGAGAUCUUGAAGCAGCUCAAAGCCAGCCGCUUAGCUCAAUCGGCGCAACCGGAACCCUCACUUGGAAGCAAAUUCAAGAAGAUCGGCUCUACAGAAAGUAAGAAGAAACGGUGGGUUGAGACGGAUGCAAGUGGGAGACGAAAGGAAAUACUGGUCAUAACGGACGCAGACGGGAAGACAAAGAGAAAGAUAAGAUGGCUGGACAAGCAGGAUGCUGCCGGUGCUCACCUUUUGUCUGUGGACAAGAACGCGAAGCCGCUUGGAAUGGAUGUUCCUGCAGAGGUUUUGGCGAGGAUAAAGCCUACUGACGCUUUGGAGGCUGAGGAUGAUGAGGAUAUAUUCGCCGGGGUUGGAGAUGACUACAACCCCUUAGCAAAUGCUGCUGAAGAUGAGAGUACAUCUUCAGAGGAGGAGAGUGACAAAAAGGACGCUUCACCACCAAAGGAACUCCCUUCUGGAUCUGCUGUGGGAAUACACGACCAAAACAAACCCUCUUCAACACUGCGGCGUGACUAUUUCGCUACCGGUAAAGCCAAACAGCAACGAGAACCGUCUGAGCAGGAGUCUACCGACCGUUCCAAUCCGCUCAUGUCCGAUCCUACCAUAAGAGAAGCAUUGAGGAAGGCCGCGACAAUCAGAACACAAGAACCGAUAUCUGACGACGACACCAAUGACGUGGAUAAAAGGUCUGCUGAAAAACAGAAAUCGUUUCUCGAGGAAGCUAAACGCCGGGAGAUGGAAGAUGCUCUGGAUAUGGAUAUGGGUUUCGGUGAUAGUAGAUUUGGCGAAGACGAUGAGGAGGAGUUUCUUCCGCGUGGCUCUAGCCAGAACAAGAGGAAACGCGGUCCGAAGAAGAAAAAGGGAGACAAGAACAAUGUUAGUGAUGUGUUAAGUAUUUUACAGGGAAGAGGGAAUGGUUGAGUACGCUGAAAGGGAUAACGGGAUUGAAUUCUGUGCAACCUUCACUAGGCCCGAGAUAACCGCCCGAGCCUCCCACCUUUCUCACUUUACUGGGGCUCCCCCCUUCGGCGAUACGCCACCCAUUCCGAAACCCCAUACUCCGUACUUAUGCAUCAAUUGCGAUGUCUAGUUUGCCGUAUUACGGGAAGGCCUUACUUUCUGCAGACUGCUGGCACUUCUACUAAAUGACGACAAGAGAGAGUAGUGUGUAUGGAAUCCAGUAACUACCUCUAGAAGAAAGGCAAUGACAGGCGAGCCGUCGCCGAUAUAUAUACUAAUCAGGUAAGGUUUUCCAUGAGGACAUGAUUGGCAUAGGUGCUGUCCGAUCUCUGUUGAUUGACAACACCGUCAUGACGGGUACGUCCCAUCGCAAUCGAAGAUCUGGUACUUGUCAUGAACCAAUUUAUGCAUGCAAGGGUCAUUCGACUCCCUCAGUCGAGGGUUGACAGUCACCUCCCCCCGCGUUUCCCAUACUCAACUUCCAUCGGCGGAUCCUGUCAGUUUCAUGUGCCCCAAACUCUUACGUGGCUCGCUCCUUUUCCAACCUUUCUUUAGGCAGUCAUGUGAUAUGGCGACAGAUUAGGGUUUACGCUUAUGUAACAAAUCCAGCAAGCCUUGGCAUUGACCGCAGCUUAUUUUGUCGUCGAUAUCAAAAUGUUCCGGCAUCAAAGGGGGCUCCAGGAAGCAGUGCGGGCCACGAUGGCUUCAAAAAUGGCUUUUUUUGGCAUGAAAGCAAACGGUAGACGGCUUUCUUUGAUCAGAAUUUUUGCCGAUAAAUGGUGGCCCAGGCUAUUGAGCGCUUUGUCAUCUCCAUCUGGGGCUGAAUCCAUGGAACCUGGUUGGCAACCAUUAAAUCAAAAAAAGAAAAAUUUGCCUCCAAUCUUUAACGCCAUCCUCUCUGGCUCGCAGAUGGUCUUAUGCAUGUUCCAGGAACAAACCAAUGAACUGCCAUUCCCUGGGUGAAUCCAAUCCAUACCAAAACGCCUUCCCUUGGGUUGUGCCCUUCAGGUACAACC